GCGCAUGCUUAGCAGAGGCGGAAGCGCUCUGUGCAUCAGGCGUCCAGUGUAGUUUCAGUGCUCCAGUCUCUGACACACAGACAUGGUCUGUCCUCGUUAGCCGCUGUGUGUGUGAGUGUGUGUCUGUUUGUGUGUGUUCGUGUUGGACGUUCAUCUGGCUGGUAUCGUCGCCGUAAUAUUUGGAACAGCCCGACUACAAUGAUGCGUUUCAUGCUGCUGUUCAGUCGGCAGGGAAAGCUGCGCCUGCAGAAGUGGUACACGGCAACCGCCGAGCGAGACAAGAAGAAGAUGGUGAGGGAGCUGAUGCAGAUCGUCCUGGCUCGCAAACCAAAGAUGUGCAGCUUCCUGGAGUGGAGGGACCUCAAGAUCGUCUAUAAACGGUACGCCAGCCUGUAUUUCUGUUGUGCGAUCGAGGAGCAGGACAACGAGCUGAUCACUCUAGAGGUGAUCCAUCGCUUUGUGGAGCUGCUGGAUAAAUACUUUGGCAGCGUGUGUGAGCUGGACAUCAUCUUUAACUUUGAGAAAGCCUACUUCAUACUCGACGAGUUCCUGAUGGGAGGAGAGAUCCAGGACACGUCCAAGAAGAGCGUCCUCAAAGCCAUCGAACAAGCAGACCUGCUGCAGGAGGAGGACGAGUCCCCCCGCAGUGUGCUGGAGGAGAUGGGUUUGGCGUAGCUCCCAGCAGCGACAGGUUUCUGACAGACUGUGGACACUGAGGGGGCGGGGCCAGACGAGAGGGGGAAUAACAGGACUGGAUCUGGACUCACAGGGCUGGUUCUGCAUCUCUGUUGGCUGAAGGGGAAGAGACUCAGUUAAGAACAGAAGAUCCUUACACUGACAAGCCCUUUAGCUCUCUCUCUGUGUGUGUGUGUGUGUGUGUGUGUGUGUGUGUGUGUGUGUGUGUGUGUGUGUGUGUGUGUGUGUGUGUGUGUGUGUGUGUGUGUGUGUGUGUGUGUGUGUGUGUGUGUGUGUGUGUGUGCGUGUGCACGCCUGUGUGCAUGUGUGUGUAUGUGUGGUCUGAGCAUGAGGGGUUGUGUGUUUUUAAAGGGUGAGUCCAGCGUUGCUUUUCAGACAGAUAAAGGAGAAUCAGGAGGUGGAUCAGGUCUUGGAGUGGACGGGGACCUGCUCGGGGAUCUGGGGACAAACUGUCUGACGUCAUUCUAUAUUUAUUUCUAUUUCUGCGCGUUGAACGAAGAGACGAAAGUGACCACACGUUUAUCUGUCUCUGGUCACAAAUAUUUAGAGACAGCUCACAGAUAGAUAGUUUCAUAUUUAAUAACGUAAUACUGCAUCUGUCGGGGACUAUUUCCAGCGGCGGAUGGAUCCACAUCAGACUGUGAUACACACAUAUAAUCAGCAUCCAGUUCGAUGAAUGUUUGAGGCUUUCAACAUGACUUUUGAUAAGAAAGAUCUCGAAUAUCAGCCGAAUAUGAAAUGAAAUAAUGUAUAUAUAAGCUGUUUUCAUUGAUGCCAUCAAUCCUAUUGGUUAUGUAUGUGAUGAUCAGGAACAAACACUACGUGUCAAUACAUCCAUAUCAGAACACUCUCUUUUGUGUAAAUCCAGCUUCAAGUUCUCCAAGUUAUCUGCAAUAAUGUCCUGAACUAUAUACGCUGAUAUCAGGUCCUGAGUGCACACCCACUAUCAAGUCUCAUCAGUGCGUGAGCUGCAUUGAAAGACGCUGAUGGAUUCAGAUAGAUAACCUCAAUCCAAGUUACUCCUGCACUUGAUUUUUAAAGAGCUGGACACGCUCAAGCAGUUAUUUUUACGACCUUUACAUCUUUCGUUCAGUUAUUUGAGAAAUGACCUCCAAACAUCAGUCGAAUGCAAAGUACUUCAAUAAUCAAUUCUAUUAUCAGACCUGAGAUGCGAUGAAGACGUGACAGUAACCAAUAGGAUUGAAGGUCCUGACUGUGACACGAGACUGGAGUCUGUUUUGGAGCUCCUCUCUCUUCAUGUUGUUUUUAAUCCUGCCUUCUUCCUCUCGAUAUCGUCACACUUAUUUAAACUGCACUUCCUGUUUUGAGACUUCUCCUAAAGGCACGGCUGUCCUCUUUGAUUUACUCCAGGUGUCGAGCAAUGAACCAAAGUCUUUCGAGGUUUGUCAUCACCGCCUGUGAUAACGUGUUUCUGCGUGAGGACUAAGGUGAAUCUGUUUUAUGAGUCACAUCCUGCUGAAGCUCUGAAACACUGACAGGGAUGUUCGGAGAGUUUAGUCCUCCUGGUAUGACUUGUUGUACUCCUGAAUGUUUGGCACAUACUGAUGUUUGAGGUCUUAAUGAGAUAAACUGUGAAGCACCAAUAGAGGAAAGAAACCAAUCACAUGUGAAUGCUCUUCCUUCGUGUGUCUCUUAAAGUGCUUUACUGGAACAGUCAUGAGCCUGUGGGAAGUUUUGAAUGUAUCAGUCGGAGGUUUGGUGGUUUAUACCUCAACUGUGAGUGUUUGGUUUGGUCCUCUUCCGCCUGCCUUCUGUUUGUCUUUUAGAUCAGCUUGCAAUCGCACAAAUCAUCACAGCUUUGUUCACCACUGUUCACUGUUAUUUGCAAGAAAUGUGCAUGAAACGUUAUGAAGUUCUAGUUGAGAUUCUCCAGACAUGACGUCCUGAAUUUACAUUUAAGAUGGCCUAAUCAAACUGUGUUUAAAAAAUUUGAGAUUUAAAAUUGUCAACACAAGGGACCCAAAUCCAGAUUUCCUGCAGAAGUUGCUUUUGCUUGGACUUAAGCUUGAAAUGAUGUAAAAGUGCAUUUAAAAAACGAGCAUUUGAAAGUGGUUUCUUGUCGUCUUGUUUGCUUGGGUUUCGUUCGAACCGAUGUAAAACAAAAGUCCACACAAAGACCAAGAUAAACCCAAAUUUAGAUUAUUCAGGAGUUCAGUUUUCUUUGACUUUAGUUUAAAUUAUAUAAAGAUAUAUAGAUUGGAAACAGUCUGACCGAACGGCAUUUGAAAGUUGUUUCUUGUCAUCUUGCUUGAGUUUUUGUUCAAAUCGGAAAAAAACAAAACUCAGAGCAAAGACGAGAACAAACCCAAAUCCAGAUUAUUCGCAAGAAGUGAAUUUUCUUUGACUUUGAAUACUCUGAAUGUGGAUUAGAGUUAAAAUCCUCCUGACAAACUGGAAUUGGGCGUACCAAACUCCAUUUAUAAAACAAUAGUGUUACAGUUUUCAACUCUAAGAACAGAAUGGCCCCAAAUCCAGUUGAAUUUUCUUUGCCUUAAGCUUAAAAUCAUGUAAAGUGUAUUUGCAUUAUGCAUUUUAAAAAACAAUCAUUUCAAAGUAGUUUCUCGUCAUCUUGCUUGGGUUUUGUUAAAACCUACAUAAAAAUGUCAAUGAAAAGACCAGAAUAAACCAAAAUCCAGAUUAUGCAUAAGAGUUGAAUUUUCUCAGCCUUUUGCUGACAAAUUAGGAUUGGUCCAAACAAACUCCAUUUAAAAACGACAACUAAAAGUAGAAUGGACCCAAAUCCAGUUAAAUGUUUUUCUUUGAGUUAAGCUUAAAAUGAUGUUAAGAGUAUCUGCGUUAAGAUCAAAAACAGUCUAACUAGACUGCAUUUACAAAACAAGCCUUUGAAAGUAGUUUCUUAUCGUCUUGCUCAAGUUUCCUUCAAACCGAAACACAAAAGUGAAAAAACAGAAUAAACCCAAAUCCAGAUUGUUCUUUGACUUGAAUACUCUGAAUGUGGAUCAAAGUUAAGAUUCUCCUGACGAAUCCGAAUUGGUAGAACCAAUCCCCAUUAAAAAAAACUGCAUUUUAAGAGUUGUUUGCUUGUAGUCUUGCAAACAAAUCAACAUUAUUCACUGUCGUUAAUUCUGCCCAUUUCAGCUCAUUAAACAGAAAAUAUCAUCACUGAAUGUAGUUAACUCGUAACUAAACACCUGAAAUCGUACAACCCUUUUCUCUGCAGCUGAAUCAAACAUGCAUUUCUUUGUGAACAGUUGAAGGGACCUGCUGAUCAUGCUGCUCAGUCGUACACUCAGAGUUAAUAUCAGACGCUUGCAGCGGCGUCCUCAGAUGAUCUCUGAGUGAGUUUCUCUUGACAGGAGCUGAGCUGACUGCUGCUUUGAGUCCUCUGCUGAACUCGUCUGUUCUUACAGAAAGGUACAGGUACUUUGCUUUUUUGGUACAGAAAGCGAUAUAUGCAUAGAGGAGUUGAAGAAGUUUUACUGCUUUGCCGGAACCUCACCUUCAUGGUACCUUCAUAUAAAAGUCAGUUUUGCUCCUUCCUGCUACAUCUAUAAACCAACACAGCAGGCUGCUUGUAAACACAGAUACAUUUAAGAUUAAAGCACCAGGUAUCUGACGAAGCUUAGUCUUCACACCACUGAGAGUGAAUAUUUAUGUGACUUUGUGCCUCAAAUCUCAGCACUAAGGCCUUUGUUACUAGUUUCUUAUUCCUAAUAGUUUGAAUGAUUAAAAGACUAAUUCAUAUUUAUUGUACAAAGUCAAGAGGUCUGCAUCUUUAUGUGUGAAUUUAUUCCCCUGGAAAAGGGGGCGUGGCCUUGGUGAUUGGGGCUUGAUGAUGUCACAGUUCUGAUGAUUUAAAAGUCAGCUUGUAGAGGAAUAGAUGAUGAGGAAGAGGCUGAGGACACGUUGAGGUACAAUGGAGACGUAGACCUCAGGUUGGAGAUGUUUGGACAGAAUGUGAAUCGGCUUUAGGGACAUUUCUACGAGCACAUUCAAUAUAUAUAGAAAUAAAUCUUUGUCUGUCGUCCAUUUUUAUGACACAUCUCUAAGACAAUGAUGUUUGCUUCCUGUGACCCCAAAGUGCUUCAGUUUGCUUCAAACAGACUCCAUGUGGGUUAACCAGGUUUGAAAAGGUCUAGAAAGACCCAAGUUCAGUUUAUUUUUAUUUACAUUGGGCUUCUGGUUUCUAAACAGACGAGCGCUUUGUUUGAAGCACACUGACCCCCCUCUUGUUCUUUAGUUUGGGGCUGAAGGUUUAUAUCUCUGACCCCUGAAUUACUGUAUCUAAUACUGUUUUCUUCUCUUCUUAAACUUUCUCUUUAUUCAAUCAGCUCAUCAAUAACUUACUCUAUAUAACAAUGAUUUUGUUCUGCAUUUAAUUCAUGUAAAAGAAAAUUGAUUAUAAUUUAAUAUCUUAAGAUUUUAUGUUGCAUUUAAAGGAAAGUAAGACUAAAGUGUGUGUCUGACAGAGCUGUAAAUGGGCCCUAUGAAUCUGUGGGUAAUGUUCUGCAGGCAACAGCUAAAGGGACUCAAUGUGUGAAUGUAAUUUUAUAAAGAAAUAAAGCGUUUUAAGCUAAAUUGAAAA